AGGAGCGUAGUCUCAGCGGCCUGUGUCAGUGUCUGGUUGAACUGUCCACACAGCCAAUCACAGUGUGCCAUGGCUUUGCUCCAAACACAGACGCCGCUCGAGCCAACGCAGCCCACAAUGCAUUGCAGUACCUUAAAAUCAUGGCAGGAGGGAAAUGAGAGGCCACACUGAUUUCCUUUCCAAAGACUCUUAAUUUGCCACCACACAAUGCCAUCAUACAUUUCCCUUUUUGGACAAUGAAAACUGUUUUUGUAGUAAAUUAGGAAAGAAGAAAAAGAAGAAAACUUCAGAUUGGAGAACAGAGACUUUUCCUGCUAUGAAAUUAAGCUCCAAAUUUAAUUGUUCUUUUAACGUAUGAAAGGUGCCAGUGAAGAUUUAGAUGCUCAAAUGUCAAACUCACUCCAUUGAAAUUGUGCAUUUGACACAAAUAGUUUAAAUACAAUUUCACAUUUGUUUUUUUACAUUUAUCUUUUAUGUAAUCCACUGUUCUAAAUAUAAAAGAUAAAAUAUGUAUCUGAAGUGA